CAUAUACAAUACAAAAGAAACUGGUUUAAUUUAUUUUCUAGCUAGCAAUGAAGCGAGUAAUGCCUCUUCAGCCGGGCGCAGUACUGAUCACCGCAAUGGUAUUGGCAACAUUAAUCCUUCUAAUGAUAAUUAUGUCGCCGCUGCCGACCGCAGUCGCCGCGGAAUCGGACGAUCAUAGAUGUACGUGCAAACGUUACAGUAGAUGCGAUGGCUGUGACACAGAUCGCUGCUGUAGUCCGUCUGGCUACUGCGGAUCUGGCCGGGGUUACUGUCGGCCUUGUGAUUGUAAGACCAAAGGUUGCUGUGUGAUCCUCCUCCUCAUGGCGAAAAGCAGCUCCCAGCAUUUUACGAAAAUACAAUGCAUGCUGCUGUUGUUGAUCGUCGCCAUAACGCCACUACUGUUGAAGAUUGAACUGGAGGAUCAAACUUAAUAAGGAGCUGUUGCAGACGAAGGAGCUGAUGAUGAUGAAGGAAAGCUUUGGCGUUCAAAAAGUUGCUUUGAGUUUGAAUUAGUUUAAGAAUCAAACUAUGUCGUUUGGACAAUUACGGUUUACGUCCCGGAGUCUGUAAAUUGUGUCAUGUGAGCCCAAUUGUGUCUUUGAAGGUUGCAGAGUGGACAAUUAGUUGUUAAGCUUAGUGGGUUGUUAGUUGAUUUCCAGCAAGACUCUAGAUAUCCACGAUGGUCAAGUUUCAACGAAAUGCCAGGAUUUAGAGGGCUCAACUUCAUAUCAUUAGGAGAAACUCUGAAGUUCCGGAGAUAAAAAGAAGGUGAGUAAGUAACAGAUUACUUUGGUGGGUGAUGGUUGUAGCUAAUUCUACGAGGAAUUGUGGGAAAUCAAAGCCUGAUGUUAUAAACUGUAGAGAAUAUU